GAUUUGACUGAUCAAGCCAUCAGGAGACUUUCAGUCCAAGAAAGAGCGAAGCCAGCUCUUGCCAGGACUGGAGGAAGUCCCUGUUGAGAGCGAACCCUUAGGACCUGAGCUCGUUCUCAGACUUUGUCGAUUAUGUCUAAGCAAGGAGACGACUGCUACUUCUAUUUCUAUUCCACCUGUAACAAGGGAGACAGCUGUUCCUUCCGCCACUGUGAGGCUGCUCUGGGCAAUGAGAGAGUGUGCAGGCUGUGGCGGGAGGGUCGCUGUUUCAGGACUAGCUGCAGGUUCAGACACAUGGAAGUCGAAAAAAAACGCAGUGAGAUUCCUUGCCACUGGGAGAAUCAACCAGCUGGCUGUCAAAAAUCCAACUGCGCGUUCCGUCACACGAAAGGACGUUAUGUCGACGGACGCUUCUUCCCGCCAAGCAAAACUACGCUUCCAAGUCCCCCUGAGUCUGCAGAAGAUGCUGUGAAAAUGGCUCAGGUGUCACUGCAGCAAAACAAACUUUCUGUCCAGUCAAAUCCCUCUCCGCAGCUGAGGGGGGUGAUGAUAGUGGAAAACUCUGAAAAGGUCCCAAGUCCUACGCAUCCUCCAGUUGUAAUCAAUGCUGCAGAUGAUGAUGAAGAUGGGUACUUUUUACUUCCUGAAGACCAGCUUUCUGAAGAAGGAGGUGAAACUAAAACAGCUGUCCAGCAACCGGCAACAGAAGCCCCUAGUGGAUCGCGGAUAAUUUCCACUAGGAAAUGCAGCGGUAAUACAAAGCAAGAGGACAAUUUAAAUUUUGGAAUAAAAACACUUGAAGAAAUCAAAUUGGAGAAACUAAAGGAAAAAACAAAACGGAAGGUGUGCCUGAAGCCUUUGGAUGGGAAAGCCACCUUCCCCACAAAGCAGCCACUGAAACGUAAGGCAGCCGAGAGUCAUCCCUCUGCCGUGGCGGCUGUGAAGCCAUUGAGUGCCACUGGUGGCGACGGGAAGGAGCCUUCAGCUAAAAAAGCAGCUGUGGCCAUUGUUCCGGCUUUGCCAGAGGACAGCCUCCUCUCCAUACGUGGGAGAGAAAAACCCCAAGCCAGUCCUGUACUGCACCUUGGAAGCCAGGCAGACUCUGUGGCACAGUCAGAGGUCACAAGCUCGACCUCAGCUUCCUCACAAGUAGCGGUAAAGACACAGCAGCUGAGCUCCACAGGGGCCUGGGAAGCCCCCUUCUCUGUAGAAGACGACUUUGAGAAGUUUCUUUGGGAAAUCUCAGGAGGCAAACUGGAAGACAUAAUUGACCCGGACCCAGAGAAGGAUGAGGAUGAGCUCCUCAUGGAACUUGCUGAAAUGCUGGACAUCUGA